AUGUCGAAAGUAUGCAUAACAGCUUUAGUCUCUGCUUCCCUCUUCUUCGCUGCUGAUCCUGCUCUUGCAUUCAAGGGUGGAGGACCAUAUGGUUCUGAAGUGAUGAGAGGCCAAGAGCUUACAGGAAAGGACUUUUGCGGCACGAAUUUGAUCAAGCAUAAUUUCAAAACGUGGUCAGGUUCUUGGGCAGCAUCAAUCAGUAGGGAUAGUGGGGAGCUCCCAAGUCAGCUUAAAGAAAAUAUGAUUUCGUCUGGUGGUCGUUCAAGAGGGAUGGAUUCUUUGUUUUGGGGUCUUAGUGUCGUAUCUGUAUGCAUCAUGAUGUGUGGUUCUUGUGGUGGGAGGGUUUUUUAGGGGGAUUCUGGACAUUUUUACCCCCGUGCUCUUUUUCAGCUGUGGAAUUUUUUUGCAGUGGUUUUUGUUGGUGAUUUUGGUUUUGCCUCUGUUGCUUUCCUGCUCUCCAGUGUUCUCAUGUGCUUGUGUUAGUUUGGUUGUAUCAACUCCUGGUGGUUUGUUGGCUUAUUCUCCUGGUUUGCUUUCUUUGAGUUAUCUAAAUUUUUUGUUAUAUUUGUUGCAGGUCUACAAGUUCAUUGAGAGAAAAAAGGUUAAACAGGUUUCAUACCUAAGUUGAAGAUAUUUUUUUAUUUUAUUGAAGAUAUUUUUUACGACUUUAUUAGAUUUUUCUAAUCUUUUUCUAUAUUACUUUGUCAUAAUUUAUUAUUUAAAGUUCACGUUUAUUGUUUGUAAGUUUAUCUGUGCAUGGUGUUUUAGAUUUGGAAGUGAAAUGAAUAUUUUAUUUGGACUUUAUAAUUUAUAUAGUUAAAUUAAUGUAAGUUAAAGUAUUUUAUUUGGACUUUAUAAUUUAUCACCGAGUUGACCGAGUUUUACAACUUUGCUCAGUAAGGGGCCGAUAGGGAAAUACUAAGGAUUUUGUAACUCUAAUCGGUAAGGGGCCAAGUAGCAAGUACUCGGAGGAGUAAUCGGCCAACUCGGUGAGUUUUACAACACUAGAUAUAAGUGUUUACUAGCUAUAUAAAAACUAUUACACCAAAAAACCUUUUAAAACACACAAAAAUAUAUUUUUAUGUUUAAAUACACUUUUUAUAUUUUAUUCAUUUUUAAUUAAUACCAAAUUGUAUAUAAGUAUUUUUAUCAAGUAAAUACUUCACUUUUACGUAAAGUAUAUAUAUUUCCAAAAUAUGCUAAAAUCACUUAUACACUAAGAAUGUCCAAAAUUCACAAUACAUCUAAAAACUCAUAUUCUUAUAAAAAUAUUCAUUUGGGUUAUUUUACUUUUCUAUUUGAACCCAAACUUUAAAAUAUGUUUAUACAUCUGUAUUCACUUCAUUUUAACAGAAAACAUAUGUAUUUAUUUCAUAAAUACUCAGCUCAUUUGUAAGUAUUCUGAUACGUUUAAAAAAGUCAUAUUUGUAUAGAAAUACUCUUUUGCGUUAUUUUAUAUUUCCAUUUGAAUCCAAACUUUAUAAUAUGUUUAUACAUCUUAAUUCACUUGAAUUUUACAUAAACAUAUGUAUUUUUUUCAUAAUUACUUAACUUAUUUGUAGAGUAUUCUGAUACGUAUUAAAAAUACAUAUUUGUAUAAAAAUCAUAUUUUAAGUUAUUUAUUUCAUUAUUUUUAACCCAAACUCAUAUAUAAUUAUUUCAAUAUGUAUAAAACUCAUUUCUAUAUAGAAAUAAUAAUAAUACAAAUUAUAUUCAAGAUAUAUAUACAUAAAGUAUA